GCUGCGGCUUCUGCCUCCCUCGCCGACGCUGCCCGUUGAAGCCUCCGGACGCCUCAGUCGCUGCCCGACGACGACCCGUCGCCCGCCAUGGCUGACCAACUUACUGAAGAGCAAAUUGCCGAGUUCAAGGAGGCCUUCUCCCUCUUCGACAAGGAUGGAGAUGGCACCAUCACCACUAAGGAGCUCGGCACUGUAAUGCGAUCUCUGGGGCAGAAUCCAACCGAGGCGGAGUUGCAGGACAUGAUCAAUGAGGUGGAUGCGGAUGGAAAUGGUACCAUUGACUUCCCAGAGUUCUUGACCAUGAUGGCGAGGAAGAUGAAGGACACGGACAGUGAGGAGGAAAUCCGGGAGGCUUUCAGAGUGUUUGAUAAGGACGGGAAUGGCUACAUUAGUGCAGCCGAGUUGCGCCAUGUGAUGACAAACCUAGGGGAGAAGCUGACGGACGAGGAGGUGGAUGAAAUGAUACGGGAGGCAGAUAUUGACGGGGAUGGGCAGGUCAACUAUGAAGAGUUUGUGCAGAUGAUGACCGCAAAGUGAGGCCUGCAGAGCGGGCGGCUGGCAAUGCCCAUUCUCCUUCAAUACUUUUUCUCCACCACACUCUCUACUUAAGUAACCUGGUUCUCUAAGCAAACAAUCGGCUGUGGAAUAAAUCUGACCAAGCAAUUAAAAAAAGAAAAGAAAAAAUCUUCCCAAGCUGCAUGAUUGCACUCCUCUCUAUCCCUCCCCUCCUCUUCUUGCUCUUCCUUCCUAUUUUCCUUUCCUCCUCCUCCUCCCAGUGCAGCCCCUUAAAACCCCGGAGAACCCCCAACCUCGUGGAUGUCUUUGUUUCCAUCGGGUCUUCUGUUCUGCAGUCUGUGCUGGCCCUUCUCCCAGGGCGCCGAUUCUUUCUCUUUCUUUCAAGAAUCCACACGAUGGGGUGGAGAAGAGCGCAAACCCUUCUUAAUCGUGUUGCAUGUGUCUGGCACUGUGGUCGUGCGCGUUGGCCUGGCGGUCACCAUCAAAGGUCUUGCCCCGAGGAACAGCAAGGGGGUACGAGGAAGAAACUGGGGGGGUCU